AUGACUAAAACUUCAACUACAUUUGAAGAUGAUAUCAAAACGAUACAAGAUCAAUAUAUAAAAAAAGACUUCCCCGCAAAAGAUUCUCCACAGGAUUUCGAAAUUUUAUCAACAAUACGGUAUGAUCCAAAUUUAUCAGAAACUCCACCAAUUGAAUAUGAAGAUAUAUCCAAGCAAAACUUCUUUUUAUUAAAUGAACAUAUCGAUAGAUUAAAUUUCACACUACAAUUUUUCCAUAACUUAUAUCAAAUUAAAUUAGAUUUUGAAAUAACUGAAGAAUUUUUUUUACAACAACUUAUAACAAGUUUAAAAAAGCUGGAAAAAUUAAUGUUUAUACCUUAUAAAAUCAGGGUAUUAGUUAAAUUAGAUGGUUCGACUAAAAUAGAAAUUCAUGAAACUAAAAAUACAACAAAUUUACUAUUUGGAUUAUUCCCACAAGUUUCAGAAUUUGAUUUAUAUUUUGAUCAAAUUACUACAGAAGAUGAUUGGGAUAUAUAUAUGAACAAAAAUUCAACAUUAAUUUCCCCUUUCACUUCUUUUAAGACUACAAAAAGAGAUGUUUAUAAUGAAGCUAGAUCAAUAUUACCAAAUAAAAAUCCAGGUAAAGAAGAAGUAUUACUUUUCAAUAGUCAAAAUCAAGUUAUGGAAGGUUCAUUUACUAAUAUUGCAAUUAAAAGAUAUUAUGAUGGAAAAUGGAUCACUCCUUUAUUAAGUUGUGGUUGUUUAUGUGGAGUGACAAGACAUUUUUUGUUGAGAAAGAAUUAUAUUGAAGAAGAUAUUAUAACAAUUGAUCAGAUUUCUUUAGGUACUGAGAUUCUAUUAUUUAAUGGGAUAAUUGGGGUUGUAAAAGGUAAAGUAGUUGAUUUAGGUAUGUAA